GGCGGCGGCAGGAGCUCGAGCUCCGGCGGCUGAGGGCGGGUGCGCGCGGGGGAGGGAGGGGGGUCGGCCCGCGACGACUCCCCGGACGGCGUUUCUCCUCCGAGCGGCGCGGCUUCGGCGUUGGAGGGGCGGCGGUCCAGCCCAUCCAUGACCAUGGGCGACAAGAAGAGCCCGACCAGGCCGAAGCGACAAGCGAAACCUGCCGCGGACGAAGGCUUUUGGGAUUGUAGCGUCUGCACCUUCAGGAACAGCGCGGAAGCCUUCAAGUGCAGCAUCUGCGAUGUGAGGAAAGGCACCUCCACCAGAAAACCUCGAAUCAAUUCUCAGCUGGUGGCACAACAGGUGGCGCAGCAGUACGCCACCCCACCACCCCCGAAGAAGGAGAGGAAGGAGAAGGUCGAGAAGCAGGACAGAGAGAAGCCUGAGAAGGAGAAGGAGAUCAGUCCUGGUGUCACCAAGAAAAAUACCAACAAGAAAACAAAACCAAAGUCUGACAUUCUGAAAGAUCCUCCCAGCGAAGCCAACAGCAUACAGUCUGCAAAUGCUGCAACGAAGACCAGUGAGUCGAAUCACAACUCCAGGCCCCGACUGAAAAACGUGGACAGGAGCACUGCACAGCAGUUGGCAGUGACUGUGGGCAACGUCACCGUCAUUAUUACAGACUUUAAGGAAAAGACUCGCUCCUCCUCAACGUCCUCAUCCACAGUGACCUCCAGUGCAGGGUCGGAGCAGCAGAACCAGAGCAGCUCGGGGUCCGAGAGCACAGACAAGGGCUCCUCCCGCUCCUCCACUCCAAAGGGCGACAUGUCAGCCGUCAACGACGAGUCUUUCUGAAAUUGCACAUGGAGUUGUGAAGACUAUGAAUCAGGGUAUGAAAUUCAAAUCCUCCACCUGCCUGUGCUGCUUGCACCUGGAGACUCUUCCGUGGACAUCGGCCUGGUAGUAACGCUGCCGGAGAACUGCUCGCCACGGCGCUGGCCACGAGGAAUUUCGCACCCUGACGGUUACUCUUGACACUUUUAUGUAUUCCAUUGUUUUAUAUGAUUUUCCUAACAAUCAUUUAUAAUUGGAUGUGCUCCUGAAUCUACUUUUUAUAAAAAAAAA